CAACUGGCUCCCUGUCGGGCUGGGGGUCGGUCUCGGGUCGCCAUGAACCCAUCGGGGGCCCUGGGCGUCCUGGAGGAGAAGCAGGAGGAACACGUAUCCACCCCGAUUCUCGGGCCCUCGGUGAACUCUAAUAACCCGCAGGAGCGGAUCCAGGCCCGGCGCCUCCGCAUCGCGGCGCGCCUCGAAGCCCGGCGGCGGGAAGCACUUGGAGAAUAUUUGGAUGGGAAGAAGGAGAGUGAGGAAGAUCAAAGCAAGAGCUACAAGCAGAAAGAAGAAAGCAGACUAAAAUUGACUAAGCUGCUGCUCUGUGGCUCAGAGUUGGUGACCAAUAUCCAGGUGGCCACAGACAUCAGGGAGAUCCACAGGCGGGUGGAGGAGGAGGACAUAAAGCGGCAGAGAAUUGAAAAGCUGGAGAAUGAAGUCAAGACCAGCCAGGACAAAUUUGAUGAGAUCUCUGUGAAGUGGGAGGAGGGCAAAAAGAAGAGAAUCCCCCAGGACCUGUGGGACAUGCUCACUGCCCAGCAGGUGCACUGCGCCGGGCUGAUCGAAGACAAGAACAAGCUCAUCAGUGAGCUGCAGCAGGAGUUAAAAGCCAAGGAUGACCAAUAUGUGAAGGAUUUGAAGAAGCAGUCCGAUGAUAUCUGCCUGCUCGUGGAGAGGAUGGAAGAACAAGUGAAGACGGCCAUGACGACCUUCCAACAGGAGCUCCACUACAUCGAGGUAGAGGGAACAGAAGAGCUGCGCUCUGCCCCGGGGAGCCCUGGGAGGGUGCGGCCUGCCCCGGCUGUCUCGGGGUCCUCUGUUUCUGUCUGCUCUGGAGUGCCAUCAAGUUACUCUUCCAGUACUAGGCAGGUGUCAGCUGUGCAUCGGGCCGUCCACCAUGAACAAAACACAGCUGCGGUGGAGCCGGUGUCUCGUAGGAGACAACCAGGUCACCCACAACUGGAGUACCUGAUGAACCGCAUCAAGAAAGUAGAGGAGUACGAGAAGCAGCUGAACAAGCAGAGAAUCUGGGACUGGGAAGAGUAUAACAUGAUCAAGAUCAAGCUGGAGCAGGACGUGCAGAUUCUUGAGCAACAACUUCAGCAGAUGAAAGCAACUUAUCAGCUAAACCAAGAGAAGUUAGAGUACAACUUCCAGGUGCUGAAGAAGAGAGAUGAGGAAAGCACAGUGAUUAAAUCCCAGCAGAAGAGGAAGCUCAAUCGCCUACACGACAUACUCAACAAUCUGAGAUCAAAAUACGCCAGGCAGGUAAAGUCAUUUCAGGAGGAAAACUGGUCACUAACCUCAGACUACAAACGCCUUGUGAUACAGUUCAAGGAGCUCCAGAAAGCCAUGAGGCAUUUUGCUCUUAUCGACGAGAAGCAGUUUCGGGAAAUUUGGCUGAUGAAUGAAGAGGAGGCCAAGGGUUUGAUCCGCACAGCCUUUGAUGUCGACAGGAUCAUCCAUGUGCAGCACCUGGGGCUCCCCUGGACAGCCCCCGAUUUGUGGUUCCUGAAGAAUGUGGGGCCCAUCUCUCAGCAGCAAAAGUCUGCCACACAGAUACUAGAAGAAGUGCUGAUGCAAACAGGAGAGGAGGGCACAGAAGAGGGUAUCUCAGAAACAGAGUCAUACCUGGACCUGCCAAAGCAAAUUUCAGAGAAGACGACCAGAAAGCUGCUGAUGCUCCUGUGUGACGAGUCGGGUUUCCUCAUAGAGAGCAAGCUGCUGAGCCUCCUCCUGCCGCUGGAGCAGAGCGAGGGCUACCUGCUGAGGCUGGACGCCAUCUUCUCCGCCCUCAGAAUUGAAAGUGAGGAUGACCUGUAUAAGCUGGUGAAAUUCUUUCUCAGAUACCAAGUCCAUCACUCACCGUCUGUCCAGGAACAAAGAAGCCUGAUGUCGGCAGUGGAGUCGCCAGAGCAGGUUGACCUCAGGAGCGAGGAGCAGGAGCAGGAGCAGGGGAAGGAGUGGCAGGAGGCGGAGGAGGAGGAGGAGGGAGGAAGCCAGGAGGGAGAGGAGCCCGAAGAGAAGGAGGCCCCCCCUUCUCCCUGGCUCGUGCACCCCAACGAUGUCCUCAGGAUCCUGGAGGCCUUCGUCAUGGGUCUGAAGAAGCCCAGCCAAGUCCUGACCCAGAGGGCCAAGCUGCUGAUGGAGAACAGUUCUCUGGAGCAGCAGAACAUAGAGCUCCAGAUGCUGCUGCAGCAGUACCUGGAGUCCAAGAUAAACUCUGAGCUGCAAGUUCCUCCAACACAGGUGUUCCGGGUCCCCACAAAAUAGAGCCAGACCCCAGAAGGCUGCCGUGUGAGGCCGACCAGUGUGCCAGGGCACACUGGUGCCUGGCCGCCCUCCGGGCCUGGGCGCUGCCCCUAUGGGGCCUGUCAGAAAAGGGGCGGGCCUCCCUGUCUCCCUCAGUCAUAAUUAAAAUUUUUAAAAAGUUGAGGCUGAAUCUCCAUGAAAGGUCAGCUCUCUCUGG